AUUUGAUAAGAAAACGUCCCUCUCGUCUUGUGAAAAGGUCCGUAGUUCUUUUCUUGGUAAAAGCUUGGUUACGUCGAGUUCCACUUAAGGGUUCUAGGGCUCAGCUACAUGUUGCAUUUUCCAUCUGCAGAUAACUCUUUUUUUGUUUUUCUCUACUCGCUCAGUGUCUCUUCUGCUUUGUCUGCAGAGAAAGCUUCUUGCCUGUGAAUACGUCUACUGGUCAUGGCGAGUGGCCCUCGUCGAAAUAUCCCGUCUAAUCUUCGUAUCCCUCCUACCACUGUUGAGUGGACCGUUACAAAGACCGACAGCCACGAUACCAAGAUGGGCACUCCAUUGGGCUCCCCAACUCUAGCAGCCUCGACGGCAAAGUUCAGAAAUAAGGUCCCAGCCCAGAUGCAAAGAUGUAUACCACUGUACAUGGCAUGUGUCAUUGUCCUCUUCAUCAUCCUUAACUUCGACAUCUUCUACUCUAUACCCAGCCCCCUCGGCAUGUUCCGAAAAGAAAAAGAGAUUGUAUCAACACCAUCACGCUUUAGCACAUUUCCACAAAAGAUCUGGCAAACGUGGAAAGUCGAUCCAUUAAACUUUGAGGAUCGUGACUUGAUUACCUCAAGGACGUGGGUUAAUAAGAACCCUGGAAUGCGAUAUGAAGUUCUCACAGAUGACAAUGAGCUUGCGUUUGUGGAGGAGCACUUUGGUGCGGGGAGUGCGAUAAAUCGACCGGAUAUUGUCAGGUUUUAUAAGAGCAUCAACUUGCAUAUUAUCAAGGCUGAUCUAUUGAGAUACAUGAUCAUGUACGCUCAAGGAGGUGUCUACGCAGACAUUGACGUCGAAGCGCUGAGGCCUGUGCAUCGUUUUAUCCCCGAGCGAUAUGACGAGAGGGAUAUUGACUUGAUUGUCGGUGUUGAGAUUGAUCAGCCCGAGUUCAGCGAUCAUCCUAUCCUAGGCAAGAAAUCAAAGUCUUUCUGCCAAUGGACUAUCAUUGCAAAGCCUCACCAGCCAGUCAUGCUGCACCUUAUCGAGCAUAUCAUGGUCUGGCUCAAGGCUGAAGCAAAGAAACAGAAGGUUGCUCUUGGGGAUAUCGAGCUUACCUUUGAUCAAGUCAUCAGCGGCACUGGUCCUUCUGCCUUUACAGGAGCUUUGCUGGAGCAGAUGCGCAAGAACCAUCGCGGUGGAAAGGUCACAUGGGAUCUAUUCCACAACCUGGAUGAGUCCAGAGUUGUCGGACGGGUUCUUGUUCUCAACGUCGAGGCCUUUUGUGCUGGACAGGGCCACUCAGACUCUGGUAACCACGACUCUCGUGGAGCUCUGGUUAAGCACCACUACCAUGCCUCCAAUUGGCCCAGCAAGCAUCCUCGCUAUCGUCAUCCAGCAUACGGUCAGGUUGAGGACUGCAACUGGAACGUGGAGUGCGUGAGGCUCUGGGACGAGAACGUGGCUGAGUGGGACAAGCUCUCGGAAGAAGAGAAGAAGGUGAAGAUCGAGCAGGCCAAGAAGCCUGAUCUUGGUCUAUGACCUGACCUGCAAGAGAUUGAUUGAUAUUUAGAAGUGCCCUAGAGAUCGGCGUUGAGUUUGAAUUUCGGAAACCGGAUACCUGAGGUCGUAUAAACGCGUAAUUGAUGACAGA